UGCUCAUGAAAGUGGAUGUCCCGGUCAGGAAGGAAGUUGCUUAGAAAUUUCGUAUGAGCGGAAAAUAGACGAAGAUUGAAGGAUGGCAACGAUCGAGGGACAUUUACAGAUCAGUUUAGCGUUCAUCCAGCGCAGAGUAGCAAAUCAAUGGCAAUUUUCGGCAAUGUUGCGGUGUGAAGCUAAUUAAGCUGUUUUUUGGACAUCAAUGGAGUCGACCGGCCGUCUAUCAGUUACAGCCACCACUCCAAUUUGGCUGCCAUUAUCUCUGUUCUCAUGUAAAUACGCGCAUUAAAGCAUCAGUCACACCGUUUCACUUCCUAAUUUUGGGCUCGGUGGCCCAGCAGGUAUAAGCAAGCGUCCGUCGAUUCUGCGUAUGUGCUGUGCCAUCUCUCCUGCGAGCUGAGAUAAAUAUGACUUCUCGUGGUUCCUCUUCGUCCGGCAAUGGCCUCUUUCCGCUCACCGUUUCCACGUCCGGCCGGCGACAUGAUAUAGAAUCCGGCAUCUCCUCUACCAAAAGCAUCAACGAGGAGGAGGAAGACGAGCCUGUCUCCGAUCCUUUUGACAUCGAGAAUACCAAAAAUGUCCCUCUCGCGACUCUCAAGCGGUGGAGGCAAGCUGCAUUGGUGCUUAAUGCAUCUCGGAGAUUUCGAUAUACUUUGGACUUAAAAAAAGAGGAAGAUAAAGAACAAAGAAGGAGGAUGAUUAGAGCCCAUGCACAAGUCAUAAGAGCAGCAUUGCUUUUCAAAUUGGCAGGGGAACGACAAACUGUGUCUCCAAUGAUAGGUUCAGCAGCGUCACCUCCAACGCCAACGGGUGACUAUGGUGUUAGUCUAGAAAAUCUUGUUUCAUUGACCCGGGAUCAAAAAUUUUCUUCUCUACAACAAUAUGGAGGGGUUAAAGGCUUGUCAAAUUUACUGAAAACAAAUAUUGAGAAAGGAAUUCUGGGAGAUGAAACUGAUUUAUUGAAAAGAACAAAUGCAUUUGGAUCAAAUACAUAUCCACGUAAAAAAGGGCGGAGUUUCUUGAGAUUUCUUUGGGAAGCUUGGCAAGAUUUAACCCUAGUCAUCUUGAUUGUAGCUGCAGUGGCAUCAUUAAUUUUGGGGAUUAAAACAGAGGGUAUAGAGGAAGGAUGGUAUGAUGGAGGAAGUAUUGCCUUUGCAGUGUUUCUUGUGAUAAUAGUCACAGCCGUCAGUGAUUAUCGACAGUCUCUUCAAUUUCAGAACUUAAAUGAGGAAAAACAGAACAUACAAAUAGAGAUCUUGAGGGACGGUAGAACUUUAAAGGUGUCAAUAUUUGACCUUGUUGUUGGUGAUGUUGUACCUCUUAAAAUCGGAGAUCAGAUCCCUGCUGAUGGAAUAUUGAUCACCGGCCAUUCACUUGCCAUAGAUGAAUCUAGCAUGACAGGCGAAAGCAAGAUUGUUCGAAAAGAUCAGAAGGCACCCUUUUUGAUGUCUGGUUGUAAAGUUGCAGAUGGAGUUGGUACCAUGAUGGUAACUGCCGUUGGAAUCAAUACUGAAUGGGGAUUGUUGAUGGCAAGUAUCUCAGAGGAUACUGGGGAAGAAACUCCCCUGCAGGUGCGGUUGAAUGGAGUUGCAACUUUCAUAGGCAUAGUUGGGCUUGCGGUUGCAGUUUCUGUGCUGGCUGUCCUUUUGGGCAGAUACUUCACGGGAAAUACAAGUGAUGCAAAUGGAAACCCUGAAUUUCAGCGUGGGCAUACGAGUCUAGGUGAUGCUGUAGAUGCAGUUAUUAAAAUCGUUACUGUUGCUGUUACUAUUGUAGUUGUUGCAGUACCCGAAGGACUUCCUUUGGCUGUCACCCUAACAUUAGCAUACUCCAUGAGGAAGAUGAUGGCCGAUAAAGCAUUGGUUCGUAGGCUGUCUGCUUGUGAAACUAUGGGCUCUGCAACAACAAUUUGCAGUGAUAAGACUGGGACGUUGACUUUAAAUCAGAUGACUGUGGUUGAUGCAUGUGUUGGAAAGGAAAAGAUUAAUCCCCCAGAUGAUCCACUACAGUUGCAUUCAUCAGUAUUGUCUCUGUUAUAUGAGGGCGGUGCUCAGAACAGCACCGGCAAUGUUUUUGUGGCUAAGGAUGGGGGAAGUAUAGAGGUAUCUGGAUCUCCCACGGAAAAGGCUAUUUUAUCUUGGGCUGUCAAGCUGGGAAUGAAGUUUGAUGUUGUCAAAUCAGAGUCCAAAGUUCUCCAUGUUUUCCCUUUCAAUUCAGAAAAGAAGCGAGGUGGUGUUGCAAUAAAGCGGGCCAACUCAGAAGUUUACAUACAUUGGAAAGGAGCAGCAGAGAUGGUCUUGUCUUCAUGUACAAAGUAUCUGGAGUUGAAUGGUGAAGUGCACUCGAUUGGAGACAAUGAGGAUUAUUUUAAGGUAGCAAUUAGUGAUAUGGCUGCAAAAAGUUUGCGUUGCGUUGCCAUUGCAUAUAGAUCUUAUGAAUUGGAGAAGGUUCCAAUAGAUGAUGAGCGUUUGGAUCAAUGGGAUUUGCCUGCUGAUGAUCUUGUUCUGCUUGCAAUUGUUGGUAUAAAGGAUCCUUGUCGCCCUGGUGUUAAAGAGGCUGUGGAAGUGUGCACGGCUGCAGGUGUCAAGGUUCGCAUGGUCACUGGAGACAAUCUGCAGACUGCAAAGGCUAUUGCACUAGAGUGUGGAAUACUAACCGCAACUGAAGAUGCUUUUGAGCCAACAGUCAUCGAAGGAAAAGCAUUCCGUGUAUUGUCUGAGAAGGAAAGAGAGCAAGUUGCCAAGAAAAUAACGGUGAUGGGAAGGUCUUCGCCUAAUGACAAGCUCUUGCUUGUUCAAGCACUGCGAAAGGACGGAGAAGUUGUUGCUGUCACUGGAGAUGGGACUAAUGAUGCCCCAGCACUCCACGAGGCAGAUAUCGGUCUUUCUAUGGGCAUUCAGGGCACUGAAGUUGCAAAAGAAAGUUCGGAUAUUGUUAUCUUGGAUGAUAACUUUGCUUCAGUUGUAAAGGUUGUGAGGUGGGGACGUUCUGUGUAUGCAAACAUUCAAAAGUUCAUCCAGUUUCAGCUCACUGUAAAUGUUGCUGCUCUUGUGAUUAAUGUCGUUGCAGCUGUGUCUUCGGGUGAAGUUCCUUUAAAUACCGUGCAGCUUCUCUGGGUUAACCUUAUCAUGGAUACACUUGGUGCACUAGCACUGGCUACUGAACCACCAACAGACCACCUGAUGCAUCGAUCACCAGUUGGGCGAAGGGAGCCCCUCGUAACUAAUAUAAUGUGGAGGAACUUGAUCGUACAGGCUUUGUAUCAAGUUGGUGUACUUCUUGUUGUCAACUUCCAUGGCACUGAUAUUCUCAAAUUGAAUAGUGAGAGCAAGGAGGACGCCUUUGAAGUCAAGAAUACAGUGGUUUUCAAUGCAUUUGUCCUCUGUCAGAUAUUCAACGAAUUUAAUGCUCGAAAACCCGAUGAAAUAAACGUGUUCAGUGGAGUGACCAAAAAUUACCUCUUUAUGAGCAUAGUUGGAACAACAUUCGUGCUUCAGAUUAUCAUCAUCGAAUUUCUUGGAAAGUUUACUUCCACAGUAAAACUCGAUUGGCAGCAAUGGCUUAUCUGCUUAGUCAUCGCCCUUGUCAGUUGGCCACUGGCGAUUGUUGGCAAACUUAUUCCAGUUCCGGACACCCCAUUGGCUAAAUACUUCACAAAGUCAGUUCAAUGAUACAGAAGCUCACGUGCUACUUAAUUUGGGGAUUUCUUUUUUCUUUAAAUAGCAUUAUUUCCAAAGACCACUCAUAAUUUAGUAUCUCUAAAUAAUUCAGGCUAAAAUAUAUUUUUAAUCUAUCCUUGAGCUAUCAUCGUGUUUAGGCCCUCGUAAACCUUUUUACUUGCAGUAAUUUAGUCGUUGUACCUUCAUAAAUCUAAUAAUCAAGUCUGUAAGUUAGAUUUUUCUUAGGAUUUUAAUUGAAACUUCAGAUAUAGUAUGAGCAAAUGAAUGAAGCAAGUCAUAUUGCUUAUAUUUAAAUUAAAGGUGGUUUGAAGUGUUUGCCUAUUCA